UUCUGAACCGGUCCCCCUGAAGAUGUGAGUUUAACACCACUGCACUACACAAAGAAACAAACUUUGUGGUAUCGUGCACUACAAUGCCACAUUCUCCAUUCUUCCCCCUCCACUUCACUGUGCUGUCUCUGGGGUAUCCCUCAAAUGACAGGUGGGGCUAAGGAGUGACACACCCUCACACCAGGAUACUUUGGUUGCGCUGUCUCUCUAGCAAGAGUUUGAAAGGUACAAGCAAAAUAUUAUAAAGGUCAGCUUCCUCAGUAUAAGAAGAAUCGUCAGGAUAAGCCCCCUUGAGAGAAUCCAACAAAGUGUUAACCCCAACCUGCAACCCUCAAGAUGUCGAUAAGCAGCAUGCCAUUAAGCAACGAAGCCUGCGCCAGCAUUGUGCAGAGCCUGAUGUGCUACCAGCAGGGCGGCGACAGUGAGACUUAUGCAAAACGGGCCAUUGAGAGUCUGGUAAGGAAGCUGAGGAAGAAGAAGGAGGAGCUGGAUUCCCUUGUCACAGCUGUCACCACUAAUGGUGCACACCCCAGCAAGUGCGUCACCAUCCAGCGCAACUUUGAUAGCCGUGUGCAGGUGGAUGGGCGUAAAGGUUAUCCCCAUAUUAUCUAUGCACGGCUGUGGAGAUGGCCCGACCUGCACAAAAAUGAGCUGAAGCACAUGAAGUACUGCCAGUUUGCCUUCGAUCUGAAGCGCGACAGUGUGUGCGUGAACCCAUACCACUACGAGAGGGUGUUGUCUCAAAUUGACUUAUCUGAACUGUCGCUGACCAGCUCUGCUUCCACACGAAUGGUAAAAGAUGAAUAUGAAGGAUUUGAUGAUUACCAGUAAUUCUUUGGACGAAGGUUUUAUACACAGGAAGCAGUGAAGGCGGUGACAGCAAGGUAUGAGUGACACUGGUGACCAGGCUAGCGCUGACCCAGAAGCACUGCUGAAGGAAGCUGUUCUGGAGCUCAAAGCAUGCACACCGGGGGACUGUGGGACAUUGCUGGGCGAGGGCGCCGCUGCGGACCUGUCAGGGGAAGGGAAGGGAAGACUCGGUGGGGAUGAUGGUACGCAAGGCUAUCCUAGGGGCACCACAGGGCACCGGGAUGGAGGUCACGCUCUCUGAGGAUUCCCGCUGUCCAACCCCAUCAAGAAGCUCUCCUGAGAGCUGGCUGUCUGUCUUUCAAGGAGCAUGGACGGUCAAAUCAACUUUUACCCACCCUUAACUAACAAACUACUCACAAGUUCUGUAUGGAUUGAUCUAC